AUGACUCCUUGCGUCAAAAAAACACUGCAGCUGGCCAAGCAAAACAGCCCAAGGAAGAUGUCCAACAAAACAAAUUUCAGGCCACAACAGCGGACUGCCAUCUUAUUGCUAAAGUACUCUUCUGUUUCUCUUUGUUCCCUGAAAACACAUGACAGUUAUUUACAGGUAUUUAGUUCUUUGAAUUUCCAGGUGCUCUUUCCUGGAGGUGAAAGUUCUGUUCAAGAAUCCAGAUAUUCUGAGAUUGCAGCCAUCUUUUAUAAUCUUGCGCGACAGGUAAAAGAUAAAGGAAUUCAUUUCCCAGUGUGGGGAACAUGUCUUGGAUUUGAAGAACUAACAGUUCUUACCAGUGGAGAAGAUCUUCUUACUAUCACAAACACUUCCAAUCUUACUCUCCCUUUACAUUUUACAGAUGAUGCUUUUCACAGUCGAAUGUUCAAACACUUUCCGAAAGAUCUAUUGCAAUCAUUGCAAAUCAAACCACUGACAGGAAACUACCACAAUUGGAGCAUUUCUCGGAAGAAUUUUACAAACAAUAAAAAAUUAAGUAAGUUCUACAGAAUCCUGAGUACAAAUAUGGACAGUAAGCAGAAAGAAUUUGUGUCGACCAUGGAAGCUUUCAGAUAUCCUAUUUAUGCAGUACAGUGGCACCCUGAGAGAAGUCCUUAUGAGUGGAAAUUAACUAAGGAAAUCCCACAUUCCUCUGAAGCAAUUAAAGUCUCGUGGUAUUUAGCUGAUUUUUUUGUUAAUGAAGCACGGAAGAAUUUCCAUCAGUUUUCUAACAGGGAGGACGAAGUGAAAGCUUUGAUUUAUAAUUAUUCACCUGUUUACACUGGAGAUAUUUCUAACUUUGAACAGAUUUAUUUAAUUGAUUAG